AACGAACCUUGCAAAGCCUUCAAAGAUCCCUUCCACGACCCCUCACCAUCCCAAGCUUUCUCAAGACCUCCAAUGGCAGAUAAGGUUAUUCUCCUUUCCUCCUGGGUCAGCGCCUUCGGCCUCAGGGUGCAGAUUGCACUGGCCGAGAAGGAAGUGGACUACGAGUUCAGGGAAGAGAACCUCUUUGACAAGAGCCCCCUCCUCCUCGAAUUAAACCCAGUUCACAAGAAAAUCCCAGUGUUGAUCCACAAUGGGAAGCCUGUAUGCGAAUCAUCCGUCAUCAUCCAAUACAUAGAUGAGGUUUGGACAAACGGCCCUUCACUUCUGCCCCAGGAUCCUCUCCAACGUGCCAAUGCAAGAUUCUGGGCCGAUUUUGUCGACAAAAUGAUAUAUCAAUGUGGGUCGAGGGUUUGGAAGAACAAAGGAGAUGCUCAAGCUGCUGCGAAGAAAGAACUUAUAGGGAUACUGAAGCAAUUGGAAGGAGAGCUUGGAGAGAAACCAUUUUUCGGUGGGGAAACACUUGGGUAUGUCGACAUAGUCCUUGUGCCAUUCUCGAGCUGGUUCUAUACAUACGAGACAUUUGGAGGAUUCAGCAUCGAGAAAGAGUGUCCCAAGCUGUUGGCUUGGGUCAGGAGGUGCAAUGAAAGGGAAAGUGUCUCCAAGGUUCUUCCUGACCGUCAUAAGGUUUAUGAGCGCACUUGUGGUCUUAAGAAGAGGCUGGGACUUGAAUAGAAAUGGUUGGAGAAGUUUGAAGGGUACAUGAAUAAAUAAAGAGUGCUAAUAUGAAAUCUGAUUAUAAGAGAUAUAUGUAAUUGUGCUUUAUAGUUUUCAUCAUCAUGGUAACUUAACAGCAUAAAUUGUUGUGGGUCUUAUGUAAUAAAGAUGCUUCUUGCGUCUCUUCGACUAUUGUCUUUAUUGUAGUACAUAAAUGGAGCCUAUGCUUAAAUGGGACAUCUUUGCUCAUUCAGUAAAUCAUGAAUACUUCACUCCAUGACAAAAAUCAGACAUUCAAGCAGGUUGGUCAGGGCAAACCCUAUCCCAACCCAACCUCUAAAUCCCUCAGCGUUAACCUGUCGAACCUGGUUUCUAGUUACAAUUUCUUUAACCCAACCCAACCCCACC